UGUGACUUCACUAACAAGUCUGGGCAAAACAACUGCGUAAUACUAUUGUCAGGUCCAAUAAUGAACAUUAUUUGACUACUUGAGUUAAAGAAUCAGUCUUUGUCUAGUAAUGCACUCUCACUUUUUACAAUGAAUUCAAAAACUCCAAGGGACGAUCCAUUAGAUGACGGGUGUGAUAUAAGCAAUGCACAACUCAUCAAGAUGCUUUCGGAGCGUCUCGCCCCUUCUGACCAACCCAGUUUGACUCCCCCUGCUGGUACCAGUCUGACUCCUGGUGCUUCCAGUUUGAGUGCUGGUGCUGAUCAACACAGUCUGACACUGGGUGUGUGUGUGGUCAAUGAUGGCCAGUCCCUUGCCAAGAAGGAGGAGCGACUCGAUGGCCAAAUUAAGAAACGGGGUCACAUGGUCGUGGCCCCGUUCGAGAGGCUGAGCAACAAUAGGAGCACUGUUACCCUGUCAGUCCCAGACCAGAGUCCAAUGGAGAGGUUCAGUAAGCAUCACCUGAAUGUUACUCAGCUGUGUGAGCAGUCAUGGUGUGAAAUUAAAGUGGUCUAUGGGUUCCUCAAGCCUCAUAUGAAGAGGAGAGAGAUGAGAAGGACUGCAGUGACGACAGGGGCCAGUAUUCAUCUUGCUAGAGAACUGGAGGCAAACCCAGAUGCUGUGACUGUGGUUGUUCAUACCAGAGAGGACAGGGAAGCCUUGAAACUCAUCAACCUGAUACAGAUGGUCCCAGCUCUGGAGGCAGGCCAGCUUGUACGGGAGUUUCCAGUGUUAGGUGUGUUGGAUGGGGUGUUUUUCCUGGGUGUGGUUGAUGAGCUGUAUUGUAGUAAGUCUGGGGAUCUGGUCCUGAGUGAACUGAAGACCCGCAGUCACAACUCCCUGCCGCAUCCUGCCCAGGCCAAGGGACACUCUCUACAGGUGGGUGUGUAUAAGCUGCUGUUUGACUCCAUGGUUCAGGGUUCUAUGAAGAGGGAUCAGCUCCUCCACUUCCUCAAGCUCCGGCCCCACAAGGCCUUUGGGUCAGAGCUCCAGAGGUAUGCCCAGAAAUUGGGCCUCCUGGCAGUCACCUUCGGAGAGCUUGUGGACCACCUGUUGGUUGUGCUACAUUUCUCUAACCUCCAGCCCAUUGACAAGCUAUGCCUGGAAUACAGACAUCAGAGCUCCGGAGUCCUCAUAGGAAACAGGGAGGUAGAGUUUGAGGAGACCCAGCUAAGGGCUGAGCUCAGGGACUACCUGGCCUUCUGGAGGGGGGAGAGGGAGCCCCAUGGAGUGGAUAUUGAGGAUAUAGAAGAGGCUUGGAAGUGUAGGAUGUGCCCCUAUGAGGAGAGCUGUGAAUGGAGGAGGAAUAGGUUGCAAGAGGUGAUGGUUGAUAGCAGUAAGAAAGCCAAAUUGGAUGGUUCUAAAUCCGAAACGCCCAAUUCAAGUCAAAGUCCCAAAUUUAAGUUUGUCAGGUCUGAGAAUCCAAAAUGGGAGAGUCCAAGGUUGGACAGUCCAACCGUGGAUAGCCUGACAUCUGCAUGACUUCCGUCAUGAUUUUAUGGGUUUACAAUGGGGUUGAAUAGCGGGGAGGGGCCUCCCAUUCUGGGUUCGAGUCCAGGCUCUGUCGCAGCUGGCCGUGACCAGGAGACCCAUGGGGCGGUGCACAAUUGGCCCAGCGUCGUCCGGGUUAGGGGAGGGUUUGGUCGGCAGGGAUAUCCUUGUCCCAUCGCGCACUAGCGACUCCUGUGGCUGGGUGGGCGCAGUGCACGCUGAACCGGGUUACCUAGAUCUACUGAGAUUUCCCGCCCAAACCCAGUCCCUUUUCCCAGGAUAAAUAACUGAGAAACUGGUAAAUUAGAAUACAUUAUUUCAGUAUGACGUAAAAUGGAACUGUUAAAUUAUACAGUUGAAGUCGGAAGUUUACGUACACUUAGGUAGGAGUUGUUAAAACUCAUUUUUCAACCACUCUACAAAUUUCUUGUUAACAAACUAUAGUUUUGGCAAGUCUGUUAGGAUAUCUACUGUGUGGAUAACGCAAGUAAUUUUCCAACAAAUGUUUACAGACAGAUUAUUUCACUUAUAAUUCACAGAAUCACAAUUCCAGUGGGUCAGAAGUAGGGGUCGAACGAUUAAUCGGAAUUGCCGAUUUUUAAUUAGGGCUGAUUUCAAGUUUUCAUAACAAUCGGAAAUCGGUAUUUUUGGACACAGAUUUGGACGCUUAAUAAAAAAUAUAUAUUUUAUUUUACACUUUUUAUUUAACUAGGCAAGUAAGUUAAGAACACGUUCAUAUUUUCAAUGACGGCCUUGGAACGGUGGGUUAACUGCCUUGUUUAGGAGCAGAACGACGGAUUUUUACCUUGUCAGCUCGGGGAUUCAAUCUUGCAACCUUAUGGUUAACUAGUCCAACACGUUAACCACCUGCCUCUCAUUGCACUCCACGAGGAGCCUACCUGUUACGCGAAUGCAGUAAGAAGCCAAGGUAAGUUGCUAGCUAGCAUUAAACUUAUCUUAUAAAAAACAAUCAAUCAAUCAUAAUCACUAGUUAACUACACAUGGUUGAUAUUACUAGUUUAUCUAGCGUGUCCUGUGUUGCAUAUAAUCAAUGCGGUGCGUAUUCGCGGAAAAAGGACUGUCGUUGCUCCAACGUGUACCUAACCAUAAACAUCAAUGCCUUUCUUAAAAUCAAUACAAAAGUAUAUAUUUUUAAACCUGCAUAUUUAGUUAGCUAAAAGAAAUCCAGGUUAACAGGCAAUAUUAACCAGGUGAUAUUGUGUCACUUCUCUUGCGCUGAUUGCAUGCAGUCAGGGUAUAUGUGAUAAUAAUAAACGUUUUUUUUCUUCGAAAUGAUAGUUUCCGGAUUCGACCAUAUUAAUGACCAAAGGCUCAUAUUUCUGUGUGUUAUGUUAUGAUUUGAUAGUGCAGUCUGACUGAGCGGUGGUAGGCAGCAGCAGGCUCCUGAGCAUUCAUUCAAACAGCACUUUUGUGGGUUUUGCCAGCAGCUCUUCGCUGUGCAUCAAGCAUUGAGCUGUUUAUGACUUCAAGUCUAUCAACUCCCAAGAUUAGGCUGGUGUAACCGAUGUGAAAUGGCUAGCUAGUUAACGGGGUGCGCACUAAUGGCGUUUCAAACGUCAUUCGCGCUGAGAUUUGGACUAGUUGUUCCCCUUGCUCUGCUUGGGUAACACUGCAUCGAGGAGAGGGACGGAAGCUAUACUGUUACACUGGCAGUACUAAAGUGCCUAUAAGAACAUCCAAUAGUCAAAGGUAUAUGGAAUACAAAUGGUAUAGAGAGAAAUGGUCCUAUAAAUACUAUAUUAACUACAACCUAAAACUUCUUAACUGGGAAUAUUGCAUUUUUGUCCCCCCCCAGUUUUCUCAUUGCAAUGUGAUACAAAAAGUGGCAACAGUGUGCUUUAGAACCAUGUGGACGCCUCAGCAUGGUCGGCUGGAUUUUGGACCAUGUGGACACCAUAGUGGUCUGUCAGGCUGUGUGGAGGCCAAGCUUAUGGAAGGCUGGAAUUUUUUUCUUGUUCAGUUUGUCCUUUUGUUUUUUAUCUUAUGUUUGUUAUUUUCAUAUUUUUCCUAUAAAACACAUUGUUGCAUUCCAUGGCGUAAAUGUGCUGUAUAAAUAAAGCUUGAUUUGAUUUGA